GUGCAUGGGCAGACUGGCACACUACCAAAUGGAGCUCCCUCACUAGUGCAUUGUGUGGUUUUGGUUGUCUUUUUCAUUAUCAGAGGAGAGCCCGUGCUUGUUUUUCACCUUAACGUAAUGGGAAUUUCUUUGUAAUGUGAGGGUGAAAGCAAGGGUGCUGCAGAGAUACACUUGAGUGCUUCUGGAGCUCCUGCACAUGUUAAUGACUUGAAAGUGUGUCCUGGUGCCUUGUGAAGGAGGUACAGGAUGGCUUACAACGUGACUCUGAAUGGACCUGGACCAUGGGGCUUCCGACUGCAGGGGGGCAAGGACUUCAACAUGCCCUUGACAAUCUCCAGAGUGCAGUACAAGCAGCUGCAAUAAGAUCUUUCAUACACUCCACCCACAAUUCCCUGGAGUUCAUGUGUCCUAAAGACAACCUGGAAAGGAGGCAGGACACUCUGAUCACCCCUGGCAGCAAGGCAGCACAGUCACAGAUGAACCAAGGGGACCUUGUGGUAGCCAUUGAUGGAGUCAACACUGACAGCAUGACCCACUUAGAGGCUCAGAACAAGAUCAAGUCUGCCAACUAUAACCUGAGCCUCACUCUUCAGAAAUCUAAACGUCCAGUGCCAGUUUCAACCACAGCACCCAAAAUUGACUCUCCCAGAGCUGUAAUUCCCCACCAGAAGGAACCUGCUUGGGAAAUCAAUGACAACAGAACAACCUUCAGUCCUCUAACUAACACGGCGACUGGGCCUAUGGGUAGUGUUUUAGCAACCAAUGGAACGUUUUCAGGCUACCUCAACAAGCAAGAGAUCAGCUUUUCAAAUAGCUCUUCCUACUUAAAGACUACCACAGUUAGAUCUUCCAUGUCCUCUCAGUCUGUGACUCCUGACAUUUCACCUGCAAAGAGUAAUCUAGGUUCAAAACUAAGCCCUGCCUUGGCUGAUGGCAAUAGUCCCGUACACCAGCUGAGCCCUGCAAGGCAGUAUAACAACCCUAUUGGCCUUUACUCAGCAGAGACUCUAAGGGAAAUGGCUGAGAUGCAUAAAUUAAGUCUCAGACGAAGGGCUUCAGAAGGUGGACUUCCUAGAGGUACCCUUCCUAUUAAAGAUCCUCACGUAGACAGUGCCUCUCCAGUGUAUCAGGCUGUGCUUAAAACUCAGAACAAGCCUGAAGAUGAAACUGAAGACUGGGGCCGCCGUUCUGCCAAUCUGCAGUCUAAGUCUUUCCGCAUCCUUGCCCAGAUGACUGGAACGGAGUACAUGCAAGAUCCAGAUGAGGAAGCCCUGAGGAGAUCAAGAGACAAGGAAAAUGUUGCUGCAGCAUCAGAAAACAGGCCUUCAGCUACUACACAUGCGCCACAGUAUGUGACCUCAAGUAUUUGGCAUCCUCCUCAGUCAUGCACCAAGGAUGCCAGCACUGACAAUGCUAAGCCAGUGGCCUCCAAGGGGUCUGUGAGGCUUGGAGCGGGUACAAGUCAGAGGGAAGCCAGUUUCAUCACUACUGGCCAGAAAGUCCCUCUAACUUCAUCCAGUAAUCGAAGUAUCCCUGUUGAGCAUGCUCCGGUGUCUACCAGCUCUGCCUCUGCUCCUGCACCACAUGCUUCAGCACAUCAGCCUGCUACUGCUGCUCAAAAUACAGCCAGUCUGAUGACACCGCCAGCAACCACUCCCACCUCAGUAGUGCAAGAGUCUUUCUCAUCCUCCUUCCAAAGAGUGCUUGCAGCCCCCAGCUCUCUUUCACAACCUAAGCCUUUCCUUGGGUCCAAGAACAUGUCAUUAGCAGCUUCCACUAUUUCAUCUGCUAUCUCAUCUCAGUCUAGUUUCAACCGGCAUUCUUCUACCUCCAUCAGCUACCAGUCAAAGAAGAGAAACACAACCCAGUCAUAUACACCAAUGCCUGUUUCUGCAAGCUAUGGUGAAAGUCCUGCUGCUUCUGCUGCUUCGAAACCAAGAGUUAUCACUACUGCCAGCAUAAAGCCCUCUGUCUACCAGCCAGCACCAGCACCAGUUCAUUCCUACACCCCUGCCAACACUGAGCCUGCAAGCCGUCCUCCCUGGGUAACGGAUGACUCCUUUUCCCAGAAAUUUGCACCUGGAAAAACCACCACCACUGUCACAAAGAACAUCCUACCGAGGGGUGCUCCAGUACCAUCUCCUGCCUCAACUCCUGCUUACCCAUCUCCAGUUUCAGCUUCUUCCCAGGCUCCUGCAAUAGCCCGGGGAACAAUUCAGAGGGCUGAGCGUUUUCCAGCCAGCAGCCGAACUCCUCUUUGUGGGCAUUGUAACAGCAUAAUUCGGGGUCCUUUCUUGGUCGCCAUGGGUCGCUCUUGGCACCCAGAAGAAUUCAACUGUGCUUACUGCAAGACUUCCUUGGCUGAUGUGUGCUUUGUGGAAGAGCAGAAUAGUGUGUACUGUGAGCGCUGUUAUGAGCAGUUCUUUGCACCUACUUGUGCCAGGUGCCACACCAAGAUCAUGGGGGAAGUGAUGCAUGCCCUAAGACAGACUUGGCAUACGAGUUGCUUUGUCUGUGCCGCUUGUAAGAAGCCUUUUGGGAAUAGCCUCUUUCACAUGGAAGAUGGAGAGCCAUACUGUGAGAAAGAUUAUAUCGCUUUGUUCAGCACAAAAUGCCAUGGCUGUGAUUUUCCUGUUGAAGCUGGAGAUAAAUUCAUUGAAGCCCUUGGACACACUUGGCAUGACACCUGCUUCAUUUGUGCUGUAUGCCAUGUGAAUUUGGAAGGUCAUCCAUUCUAUUCCAAGAAGGAUAAGCCACUGUGCAAGAAACAUGCCCAUGCAAUCAAUGUUUAAAAAAAGAUUUGGAAGUCAGUAAUGUUGGGAAAAAGUGAUGACUAACUAGGCAAUUACAAAGUUAAUAUCCAUAACUAGCAUUUCUCUUGGUAAAAGCUAGGAAGUUGACACUUCCGAAGUUUAAUUUUAAUCUCUUUCUUAUAAGCAGAACAUGCAUUUGCAUGUUUCAUACAAAAACCUACUGAAUGAAUAAUCAAAAACAAAAGAACUAGUCAAUUUGAAAAUAGAUUAUUAGCUCAGCAGUUUGGAGAAAUACUGACUAAAACCUGUAACAUAAAAUGUAAUAUAGAAAUACAGUUUCAAAUGAACUACCCACUGCGGUUUUACUGCUUAGACCACACACUAGUGUUUAAGAAUAACAGGAAAAGUCCUUUUUUGUAAUAACUCAUUUUCUUUCCUGCAAAGAAUGAGUAAGUGCUACAUGAACAAUAAUAUGUAGAACCAAAGGCCAUAGCUUUCAAAGGGAAAUAAAUAGGCUAGGGUUUUCUCUAUGAAAAGUGUGUGCUAUUCCAUUAUGUUGUGGUGCUACCUCAUAGCAUCAAAUACUUUAGAUUCUUUCCAAAUAAGAAGUUUGCCUUGAAUGCAUAUGUAGCUGGGAGUCUAGGAGACAAUGACUAACUUAGUUUGAGAACAAAGUGGAAACAGAAUUAAUUAACUCCUUCCACACCCCCGUAAGAUUGAGAAAAGCAAGUUGGGUCAACCUUGCUAGUGCACUGGGUUUUUACACGGGUGGUAGAUACCUCACUUUUAAAUCACAAUGGAAAAGGGCAUCUGGCUUUUCCAGCUUGCUCUUAAAUUGAAUGGAAUAGGGCUGGCUGGAAAGGAACUAUGGCUGUUAAUUCAAAACCAGAUUGCCUUUCCUCUUGUGGAAAAAAAAAAUAUGGAAAGUUGCUUUGGUUUCUAAUUCCCAGUGAUAUCAGUGGGAAAUUGGAAUCUACAUCUGGAUCUUCACAUUGAUAAACAAUGAUGACUCACUUCCAUCUACUACAACUAGGAAGUGGUAAAUAGCUUGCAAAAGUUCCCUACUCUAUCCUACAACUUUCAAGUUGCUCAAACAUUUAUCAAACUUUUUUUUUUUUUUUUUUCCAAAAGAGCAAUACUUGUAGUACUGGUAAUGAUUUUGAAUUUUUAAUUUUAAAUAUCAAUGACUUUCGCAUUGGAGACAACAGUCUAAUAGAAAGUGGAAUUAAAAUGGAAAGCCUGAUGACUAUUCAAGUUUUAUUAAUUUGUUUAAAUGAGAAUUGUGAUUGUGUGUUGCCAGCUUGUAGUACUGACAGUUUUGAAUUAGUAUUGCUGAGGCUGAGUUCUGUGGGCCACAUUCUGGUACCACCUGCACCCUCUUGUACCUUCUGUUUUGAGUAACCAGGAAUGACUUGGCAUUGUCUGCCUUUUGCCUCCUAUAGGUAAUGCCCAUUCUAAGAAAAUAGGUCUUUUUAGUGAUGAAAAAUUAUCCAAAGCUUUAGGGAGAAGUGGGGGAAGGAGGAAAUAGAAGAAAAUUGGGGUUCUAAAAUAUGAAUUAAGUUAGCUUGGAGGCAGUCCACGUCUUGGAAAAAAAAAAAAAAAAACAACCUAAACUGCCUGUGGCAAUUCUGAGAUGUAUGACCUGAGUUUAUUCAGUAGGUAUCAUAGUUCUCACUGAUCUUAGCAGUGAUCUGAUCUGGAGUGCUACUGGGUCAGAUUUUUUACGCAUGAAUUAUUCUAAAAUUACUACAUUAUAUGCAAAGCCUUUUGUUUUUCUAUAGCAAACACAUUUUCUGUUUUCAGUCAGUGCUGGGCUGCUGUAAAUCUGAUCAAUGUAAUUCCAUUGAUCACGAAAUCCAAAGCUCUGGGCUUAUAAUGUUCUUCAGAAGAAUUAACUGUAAUCGUGGAAAUUAAAUAACUCUCAAUCAUAUUUAACUUCAUUACAUACCUUUUUAAAACUGUGAGACAAUUCUAUAUUUCCUUUUAAUUUUUGAAUGCCGUCAACAAAAUUGUAUGAAUUAUUCUCUAUUAUUUAAGAGAAUUUGUAUCAGCAUAUUAUAUACUAAGACUACAUUGAAGAUGCUCAGUAGGCACAUUUCUGUGUUACCCACUGACUGAGACUAGUCUCUUACUAUGAUCAGACUCUCAAAACAGGGAGUCAGACUCCUUGGCAGGACACAAAAUACUAGGGCAUGUGAUGCCUCAGGAGUUUCAUGAUCUAAUCUACGUGCGUGUCUCUCUCCCUCUCCACCCUCAAUGUCCCUAAAAGCUCCCUUUUUGCUGUCACUGUGAAGGAGUUGUAAACUGUGAAGGUUGUAACUACGGUUCUAUCAUAACAUUUUGGAGAUGGUCAGAGAGGAACAGCUGCAGCUUUGGUAGGGGUACAGUCUGUGCAGAGAUGGUGGUAGGCUGCAAGGCUGAGACUGCUCCUUUCUUCUCCCUGUUUACAAGGAGAUUGACAGGUGAAGUGGCCCAGGUCAGCCUGUGAGGAGCUCAGGUGCACAGUGGUGUGGGACUUCCAUCAGGGAGAAGUGAGGCUUGGAUCAGAGAGGGCAGAGCACCCUCAGCAGCCAGAAUGUGGGGGCUUGGGAGGCCUCCAGUUGGGUGUGGAAAGGUGAGGCAUUGGGGAGGUGGGGAAAGUCCUUACUGAUGCUGGGGCUGGAGGAAGGGAAGAGCUAGAUAAGGCCAGUUGCACGAAGCUGACAUAUUAGAUACUCAGGGUGGGGCAGAGGGUGAAAGGAGGAAUAGCUAGGCUGACUUGCUACAGUCAAGGAAAGGUCUUGUAGCAAGAAAUUAGGGUACAAGAAGCUCACAUAUGAAUUUAUACAGAACGGGUUAGCAAGGAAGUUCCAGGAUCCCACCUAGUAAUUUUGAAGUCAGCAAUGCAGAAGGGUGACUGCAAUAUGUGCAAGUAUAGCUGAGCUAGCUUGCGAGUCGCAACAGAGAAAACGCCGCAGCACAGACAGUGGGAGCUGUACUAACUUGACAGAGCCCUGAAAAUUUCCUUGGACAGCUAAUCUGCACUGUAACGCAUGCCCUGACUCCAGCUGGUGUCUGAGCAAGUGAGAUUAAAGCUAGUUUACAUAUCACUGUAUGAGAUACAGUGAUAUCUCUGAGUGAAGAACAGAGAUACCCUGAGGAUUAUCGUGUAAUAAAUUUCCUGUUUUGACUUGUGCUGCUUCAUAAUAUGGUCCAAAAGUAGGGAAUCCACUUACCUGCCCUUGAUAUCUGUAAUAAGAUAUAUUUUUUGCACAUAUGCGAACCAGAAAUUUGUGAAUAGUAGUAUAGUAUUUUAACUUUCACAGGGGUAGAAUCCCACCUAACUGCUGAUACUCUUCUGCCACAUCUCACCUUUGUGAUAUAGGGGGGAAGACGCAUAGAUAGAUCUACAAUUCAGAAUAGGGCCCUGCAACUAUCACUGAAUACAAAUGCUGUACAAAAAUAGUGUUUGCAAGAUGAAUAAUAUGUACUUGUUUAUGUUUUAUGUCUUGUAACUGAUGCCUGGGAUAAGUCAUAAGUUCCUCUAAAUAUUUAUAUUCAUUCUAAUUAACAUGGGACUUUACAUAAUAAAAUAAAGAUCCUGGACCUCUGAAUGAUCAAAUAAGAAGACCCAUCUUUUAUCUAAUUAAAAAGUGUUCAGUUUCUUUUCAGUCAGAGGCUUCAAAAGUGAUCUUAAUGCUUUUUCUUUUUCUGCUGCUUUUGCAGAAAAGAGUAAAUUAAACAUUUCCAAAGAAGACUUUGCUUUUAUUAUCUGAAAAAAGCAGAACACUGACCUGACUUCUUUUUCAUGUUAGUUUUUAGUGUAUUGGAUUCACACACGGUGCAUUUCUAAAAUUAAUUUAAAACAAGGAAAAGUAUUUUACUUUGGUCCUUCAGUGGUCAGCACUUUGAGUGAAAUGUUUUGUUAAAGACUAUUCAUAUUUAUGUUUAAUAAUGUGAAUGUCCACAGCACUGAACACACUUAUUAGUGUCUAAUGCUGGGCACACUAAUAUUUAUUGGCAAUACUUGUCUCCAGGUAGCAGAUGUUAAUUUGUUUAGUAUUUAUAAACAUUGGAAUUUGAAACGGAGUGAUUUCUUGCCUGCAGUGAUCAUACUAGAAGUCUAGGUUUUAUAAAAUAUUUACAUGUUAACUUGAUGCCACAAGUGCCCUUGCUUUUUAGAUACAUAUUUUUCUUAAGUUCCUAGUUAUUUCAGAAACAGAAUAUAGCAUGGUUUAUGAGGUGUGAGUAACUGUACUCUGCAUGAAUUAUCUGUGCCAACAUGAAUAAAACAGUCUAGUAAUAAAAGAAAUGUACAAAUACAUUUAAAACUUUAUGAUUUGGGUAUAUUUAUUAAUAUGGCAUGUGAACAACUUGACAGCUUUCAGUCAUGUAGUACUGAUAAGAAAGCAUAUACGAGGUUGUAUUCUCUACUUCAGAUUUGAAAAUAAAAGCAUUGGUUUCAACUGUA